ACGGAAAACACACACAAAAAGGGGAAGAAAAUCACGCAAAGAAAGGGAAAAAAAAUAACUCGAAGAGUCCGUUUUUUCUUCCUCCUACUCGCCCCAAUCCAAUCCACUCCACCGUACCACUCGCCGCCGCCGCCGCCGCCGACGACGAAGCCGGCGCCGCCGCCGGAGCCGAUCCCCCGCGGGCCCACCCUCCUACUUCGCGCUUCCUCGGCCGAAAUCCCUACCGGGUCGAAUCGCCCCGCGGCGCGCCGCUGAUCCGCGCCGCCGCGCCCUAGCCAUCCCGGGGACGGGCGGCGGCUGCUGCUGCUGCUGCCGAUGCAUGGUUGGUGGUGGCGGGUAGGUGAGUAAGAGAGUAGGCGUACCAUGUUGCAGUGUCUGGAGGGGGUGAAGCAGCUCUGCGGCGUGCUACUCAAGUGCUGCGACCUCGACCUCAAGCAGCCCAAGGGGCUCGAGGAUCCCGAAAUCCUCGCCAGGGAGACCGUCUUUAGUGUGAGCGAGGUUGAGGCGUUGUAUGAGCUGUUCAAGAAGAUCAGCAGCGCGGUGAUCGAUGACGGACUGAUCAACAAGGAGGAGUUUCAGUUGGCGCUGUUCAAGACCAACAAGAAGGAGAGUUUAUUUGCUGACCGUGUAUUUGAUUUGUUCGAUACAAAACACAAUGGUAUUUUAGGAUUCGAAGAAUUUGCCCGUGCGCUCUCAGUAUUUCAUCCAAAUGCACCUCUCGACGAGAAAAUUGACUUUUCUUUCCAGCUAUAUGACCUCAAGCAACAAGGGUUCAUUGAAAGACAAGAGGUUAAGCAAAUGGUUGUUGCAACACUUGCUGAGUCGGGAAUGAAUCUUUCGGAUGAAGUCAUAGAGAGCAUCAUUGAUAAGACAUUUGAGGAGGCCGACACAAAACAUGAUGGGAAAAUUGAUAAAGAAGAAUGGCGCAAUCUAGUUCUCAGACAUCCUUCUUUACUGAAAAACAUGACACUCCAAUAUCUCAAGGACAUCACAACUACAUUUCCAAGCUUUGUCUUCCAUUCUCAAGUCGACGAUACUUGAAAUCUGAGAAUUUCCCCCUCCAAUGGAAUGCCAGAAGACAGUCUCGUUGCUUUUGAGGCUUUGCAAUGAGUAGUUUUUGGUUCAGCACUUCAUCUGAAGCCAUAAAGUUCCAGAGAUGAUCACAUAUUGCAGUGGAGAAAUCAAACAUUUCCGUAUUGUUAAUAAUAGUUCUUUUUCUUGCUUUUAGCCGGUGUGUGAUAUCUGUCUCAAGUUUCUUUUCCCUAUUUUCUGUUUUUUUUUCUUUCUGUUGGUUUAUUGGUUAGUAGUCGAUCUAAUUGUUUGAAGAAACCUCCGACCGUGUAUAAAGCUUCCUUCUAGUGAACUGUAUUUAAGUCAGGAAGUUUUCUAUUGUAUAUUGCAGAUUAAUUGAAUGGCUCAGGAAUUCCCUAGUUGAUUUUUAAGUGUUUUACCGUCUGAAUAAUAAUAUUUUACAAUCAGAUUUCGAUA